ACAACAACUUGUAUAUAGCUUUUCUUAAAACAAAACCAAUAUUUGCAAAUCUUUAUUAGGCAAUGCCUAUUUAAAAGAGAGAAGGGAGGUGUUUAAGCGUGGUUGGUUUCAAUGAGUUAUAAGGAGCAGAAGUAUUUGCAGAGGCCACGUCACCACACAUCUCUGAAGAAGCCCUUAUGUGUCGUUCUGACAGUUUCAGUAAUCAGCAUGCUUCUUGUUUGUACUCACCUGUUCCCACGACAUGGCAAGAGCUCUUCCUGUCAUGGUCUCUCUAGUUCUAGAGGAUGCGAGAAUGCUAUUUCAGCGUUGCUACCUGCUCAUAUCAGGAAACUCACUAUUAAGGAGAUAGCAGCACGAGCAGUGGUCAGAGACAUACUUAGAACCCCUUCCCUGGUCACCCAAAACUCCAAAAUCGCUUUCUUGUUCUUGACUCACGCUACUUUGCCAUUUGAGGAGCUCUGGGAUGAGUUCUUCAAGGGUCAUGAAGGGAAGUUCUCCAUUUACAUCUACACGUUCAAGGAACGUCCAGUUCACAUCAGCCCUCAUUUUUAUGAUCGAGAAAUCCAUAGUGAUAAGGUCACUUGGGGAAGAACUUCAAUGGUUGAUGCUGAGAAGAGGUUACUGGUUAAUGCUCUUGAGGAUCCUGAGAACCAACACUUUGUUCUUCUUUCAGAGAGUUGUAUACCGUUGCAUACUUUUGACUACACUUAUAGAUAUUUGCUAUACUCCAACGUCAGCUUCAUUGAGAGUUUUGUGGAUCCUGGUCCACAUGGGACUGGUAGACACAUGGAACACAUGCUACCGGAAAUUACCAAGGAAGAUUUUAGAAAGGGUGCUCAGUGGUUCACAAUGAAGCGACAGCACGCGGUUAUAGUGAUGGCUGAUAGUCUAUACCACUCAAAAUUCAGCAAGUAUUGUGGUCCGGGGCUAGAGGCUAACAAGAGCUGUACUGCAGAUGAACAUUACUUGCCAACAUUCUUUAGUAAAGUUGAUCCCAUGGGGAUCUCGAACUGGUCAGUGACGUAUGUUGAUUGGUCUAAACGAAGGCGGCAUCCAAAGACUUACAGAGCACAUGAGAUUUCAUUAGAGUUUAUGAAUAGUGUCUCGUCCGAGGAAAUGAGUGUGCACGUCACAAGUUUGGGAGAGCAUGGAGAGCUGCAUUGGCCUUGUACAUGGAACGGGAUUACACGGCCUUGUUAUCUGUUUGCAAGGAAAUUUCAUCCUGAUGCUCUCGACACAUUGGUCAACCUCUUCCCAAACUACACAAGCCCAGUUGUCUGAGAUAGGAUUCUUGAGCUGCAAGUCUUUGACCUAAUUAUGUUCCAGAUAUUGAUUUUUUAGAUACUGUAAAUUUUCUAUUUAAAAAAAAUGAAAUAAUUCUUGGUUUUGUAAGUUGUGUUUCUUGAUGAAACUGAGAGCCGGCCGGUUACACGCAACUAGAGAAUAAAUUUUGGUUUAAAAAGUUACAUUUUGUGAUUUUCCCCUGGGUCUAUCAAUAAGCCUGGAAUCUUAAUA